AUGAUAAUUCUCAUCCGUCAUGCCCAGUCAGAAGGAAACAAAAACCGUGAAAUCCACCAGUCGAUUCCCGAUCACAGGGUGAAACUUACGCCAGAGGGACAGAAACAAGCUCUCGAGGCAGGGCGGCGGUUACGGACCCUUCUGCGCCCAGAUGAUACACUCCACUUCUUUACAUCCCCCUACCGCCGUACCCGCGAGACAACUGAGGGCAUCCUCACGUCUCUGACUUCGAAUGAUCCGUCGCCGUCACCCUUCCCAAGAGACUCCAUAAAGGUGUACGAAGAGCCUCGUUUGCGCGAACAAGACUUUGGCAACUUCCAGCCAUGCUCUGCAGAAAUGGAACGCAUGUGGCAAGAGCGUGCUGAUUACGGACAUUUCUUCUACCGUAUCCCUAAUGGAGAGUCUGCGGCCGAUGCUUACGACAGAGUUAGCGGUUUCAAUGAAUCCCUCUGGAGACUGUUUGGAGAAGAUGACUUCGCUAGCGUGUGCGUUCUUGUCACUCAUGGAUUGAUGACGCGGAUAUUUUUAAUGAAAUGGUACCAUUUCAGCGUUGAAUACUUCGAGGACCUUCGAAAUGUGAAUCACUGCGAAUUCGUGAUCAUGAAGAAGAACGAGGAUGAUGGGAAGUACACCCUUCAAAAUAAUCUGCGCACUUGGUCCGAAUUAAAACUAGAAAGGGAGCGGGAGCGGGAGAGGGAGCGUGCAUCAAUAGCUGGUGUAAGCAUUGAAACUGAUACUACCCCCGGUACUGAGUUCAUCAUCCCAAUCAGAAGGAAGUGGGGUGGUUGCCCUAACGGAUGUAAUCAUUCAUCGGCGAAGCACUGGAGGAGAAGACCUCAGCGGCAGUAUACAAAGGGGAUACUGGAGGGUGAGGCAACAGCCGAUAAAGUAAAAAAGGAGACUCAAACUGACACGGCCAAUGCCAAAAGCUCAUCUAACGUGGAUAGAUCCGUUGACAAGGCACUCGAGGGACGGCAAGACUAUUCCUCUCCCAGUUUGACAUCUUCAUCCUCACCAAAUGCAACCCCAUCUCACAUUUCUUUGGAUUACAUUUCGGAUUCGAAGUCCCAACAACAGUCACGCUCAGAGGAUGAACAAAACACAGUCCAAAAGCCCUCUUCCACAUCCCUUCAACAUAGACAUGACCCGCACAGCCGUAGCCUAGGAGGUCUUCCGCACCAAGGCGGACGGGACGGCGGUGGCUCCCAUAGCGGUGCACCAAGUCGUGCCACAUCAGACAGCGAUGAAACCGGUAACCUCGCUGAUGACGAUGAGAACUAUAAACGUGCCGCUCCUAGAAGGCAGAGUCAUGGCCAACACCCGCAUCAGCGCCAAAAGAGUAAACAGAGGCAGGGCCAUGGGAUUGCGAAUUCUCUGGGCGAUCGAGACGAUGAAGAUGACGACCAUGUUGCUGGUAAACAGGGUCUAUUGGUUGACGAGAGCAAUAUCGAAAACGAUCAUAGCAUGUCGAAGGAUUCUAUGAACGAUACCUUGGGCGAGGAAGAAGAUGCCGUCUUUGAGGAAGUGAUUAAAGAAGAUCAGAGCAUUAGAGGGAGCAUAUACUAG